AUGGCCGCGGCCCUCGCGGCCAACGCGGCGUCUCGCGCCUCGCGCCGCGAGUCGGAGGAGGGCCGCGGCCCCGUGGCUCCCGUGGUCCCCGCGGCCUUCGGCGACGUACGUUUCUCGGGCUUCCGCUUCCCGCAGCACCGGCUCGCGGCGGAGGCUUCCGGGGAGCGCCCGCCUGCCGCCGCGAUGCGCACGGUGCUGGACGCCGCGGCGGAGGCGCUGCUGUGGCCCUUCGGGAUCACGCGGAAGCGGCGGGGCCGGCCUGGCCUGCGGGACGAGCGCGGCGAUGGGCCGGAGGAGGAGCACGGGUGGGAGGUGGACUCCUGCCACCUGCUGGGCGCGCUGUCCGGCGCGCUGCUGGCCUGGUGGGCCCUCGGGAGGCUGAAGGCUCUGGGGCCCGCCUCCGCGGCCGGCGCCGGCGCCGGCGGCGCCGACGCGCAGGGCCCCCCCGCGCUCUCGCGCGUGCCCUUCUCGGACUUCCUGCGGCUGCUGCGCGUGGGCGCCGUCACCACGGUGACCUACCUGGCGGACAGGCCGCCCGCGGGCGCCCUGGUGUUCAAGCCGCUGCCCGCCUCUGCGGGCGCCGCGGCGCUCCCGGCGGCGCUGCCGCCCGCGGUCGGGGGGGCCGUGCCGGGCGGCGCGCCCCGUCUCUGCGAGACGCUGCUGCUGCCCGGCUGCCACCAGAGCCUUUUCGAAGAGCUGUUCGCCUGCAAGUCCCUCAAGCUCGAGUGCGCGGCCGUGGUCGACGCGGAGCCAGACAUGAGCAAGCUCGCGCUGCUCGUCGACGUUGGGGGUCUCCUGGCCUCCGUCGCGGCGCUCGUGUACCUCUUUCGCAACAACGGCCAGGGCGGCAACCCUUUCUCGGGCACUCGUCUGGAGGACUCCGCUCCAGAUGGUGAACGUACGCAGUCCACCGUGACCUUUGAGGACGUCGCUGGCAUGGAGCGCACCAAGGAGGAGCUGCGCGAGGUGAUAUCCUUCCUGCGCAACCCAGGCAGCUUCUACGCGCUGGGCGCCAAGCCACCUCGAGGCGUCCUCCUGCACGGGCCCAGCGGCACCGGCAAGACCCUGCUCGCGCGCGCCGUCGCCGGCGAGUCGGGGGUGCCGUUCCUGUACGCGAGCUCGGCGUCCUUCGUGGAGAUCUAUGUGGGCCAGGGCGCAGCGCGGAUCCGCCAGUUCUUCGAGCAGGCGCGAAGCAGCGCGCCCUGCAUCAUUUUCCUCGACGAGCUGGACGCCGUGGGCACGGCGCGCUCUGCGGCAGCGUCGGGCGGCAACCAGGAGUACGCCCAGACGUUGAACCAGCUCCUCCUCGAGCUGGAUGGGAUCGAGAGCCACUCCUCGUCGACGGGAGGCCCAGGCGCGGGCAUCGUGGUGACGAUUGCGGCCACGAACCGCUACGAUUGCCUGGAUGAGGCGCUGGUGAGGCCCGGGCGCUUGGACCGCAUCGUGCUGGUGGGCCUCCCGAAUUUGGCUGAGCGCGUCGCUACGCUCCAUAUCCACGCGCGACGGCUGGUGACGCAAGACCUCGACUUUGAGCAGAUAGCGCGGCGCACGGAUGGCUGCAGCGGUGCCGACCUGGCAAACGUGCUCAACGAGGCUGCCCUGCUCGCUGCGCGCCGUGGAGCUGACGCGGUCCGCAUGCAGCACGUCAACGAUGUGCUCGGCACUCCGAGGCAGCGUCAGCAGCGGAGUGCGGCCGACGCCGGGGCUGGCGAUGGGGAGGCGGGGGCCGAUGCUGCGGGUGAGCUGCUGGGCAGAAUGCUCACGGCCCUGGCGGCGGCGUCGUCUGCGGGCCGCGCGUGGACGCCGCGCAUGGACAGCAGCGGCCCGCACAGUUUUGCCGAAGAAGUUGAAGGCACGGAUUGA